AUGAAGACGAUGCUGGCCGGAUCAUGGCUACCUAGAAAGAGGCUAUCAGUGGCUGCUAUCGCAAUCGCAAUCAUCAUCGUCUUCACAACCAUCUCAAAUCUGCAGUAUCGAUCGUCCAAAGCGGCCGUGAGCCUACAGCUCCCCUCUUACAAAGGCAAUAAUAUAAUAGGGCAGGAGACCGUGGGAAAUACGACUCCCCUCGAAGUGCUGGCGCCCAGCUACAUCAAAGCAAUAUUAGACCCCAAGGACGAAGAAUUCGACCGACUCCAGUGCCCGGCACCUACUCCUAAGCGCUACGAUUAUCUUCAAGUUGAUCGUAGAAAUGCGAAAACCGCAGACGGGCAGAUAAAAUACUUCUUUGCGCUCAAUCUGCGACAAUGUAUCGGCAUACUUCCUCGAUUGAUAGGAUCCAUUGUGGAAACUGUGCGAUUUCUCGGGCCCGAAAAUUGCGCUUUGUCGAUUGUGGAGGGAAAUUCGGAUGAUAGGACUUUGGAAGUACUGGAAGCGUUGCGCAAUGACAUGGGAAGCUUGGGACUUGAAUUUCACCUCCAGACUAGCGACAUAGAUCCUAAGAAUGGAGACCGAAUCGAAGCCCUUGCAGGCCUUCGAAACUUAGCCCUCGAGCCACUGGUCAACAAUUCGAGUCAGUAUUCCCAAGAUACAGCGGUGAUUUUUAUCAACGACGUCGGUAUAUGUAUGGAGGAUAUGCUGGAGUUGGUUCACCAACGCGUUUUUCAGAAGGCGGACAUGAUAUGUGCGAUGGACUGGUCGGAUAUAGAUCCAGCGCCCAUCUUCUACGACAUCUGGGUCGCAAGAGCCAUAAAUGGAGACACAUUUUGGGAGAUUCCCCCAGACGGAGGCUGGCGAUUUGCCUCGAACCUCUUUUGGAACCAUCCAACAUCCCGUCUGCGACACGAUCAGCACAAGGCCUUCCAAGUCUUCGCCUGCUGGAACGGCGCCGUAGUCUUCACCGCAAAGCCUAUAAUACAGAACAAGAUACGAUUUAGAGGAUCGAAUCCUGGUGAGUGUUAUUCGGGUGAACCGCGAUUGUUCUGCAAGGACUUGUGGAUGGAGGGGUAUUCGAAGAUUGCGGUAGUGCCGUCGGUUAAUUUGGGUUAUUCGGAUGAGUCUGCUAAGAAGGCUAAGGGGUUGCAUGGGUAUGUUUCUGAGGCGGUGAAAGGAGAGGAUGUUAAUGAUGAGUCGUUGAGGAUUGUGUGGGAUGACAAGCCACCUGAACAGGUCAAGUGUAUGGCUGAUUUUGCGGACCAGUCUUGGGUACCCUGGAAUCAGGGGUUCGAACCUAAGAGUUGA